UCCUGGCUCCUGGAUGUCACCGUGAGCUCUUGCCAGCCUGAUGCUUCCCACAGCCGUGUGCCACGUCUUGGGAGCCAACAGCAGAGAGAACGAGCUCCCCCAGUUUGUUCUUUUCAUUUUGCCUGGUUUUUCUUUAAAUAUUCAGGUUAAGCAGGUCCUGGCAAGGCUGUUUCUGCAGCCCCAGUGUGACAGCCAAGAGCGCUUGGUCAGCCGAUCCGGAGGCGAACAGCACUGGAGAGAAUCCCAGAGGCGGCAGCAGGUCCUGCAGGCACUCCUCCCGCACGUAACCCUUUGUGGGAGUUGCAGAUGAAGCCUCCUUGUCUUAAGCAGGGAGGAUUUUGUGUCUGGUUUCCUGAUAUCCAUGCAGAGGAGCUGCUGGAAGUGGAAAUUUGAAUCUCUGGCCAAGGACAGCUGAGCCGGGGCUGCGCUGUGGAGAUUAUCUGAUUGUGCUUUGGACUUAAUGCCCUGAGAAAUCUUGCUUGGAAUACAGCACCUGGCUGCCAGCGAGGAUCCUGCUCUGAGGUGAUUUGUCUGCUGGGUGAUGGUGGCACACAGAAGGUCAAACGAUACGUGCAAGGUCCUCAGGUAAACGACUGCAAUGGGAAAGCUCCUCCGGAAAUUCAUGUACUGGAGAGCAGAGCAGGGAGCUUUGGCUGUCUGACAUACCUGGUUCAAAUGAUGAAAACCUUCUGCAGUAUUCCUUUGUUUUAAAGGAGAGCUGCUGGCCUGCCUUGCCAGAUGACCUUUCUGUGCCUGCAUUGAAGGAGCAGCCUGACCCUCCUGGAAGAAGCAGUUUUCUGCAGCUGAAAUCUUAGUGCAGAAGUGUGGAAGGAAUCUGCUGUUCUGGGAGCAGCCUGUCUGUUCCCAAACAGUGGGUUUGUGCUCCCUGGCUGUGACUUGGACUUGGGAAAACGCAGCUGAGUUGCUCAGAAGAAGAACAGACCUCUCCUUCAUCCUUCACUCGGGUUUCCGUUUCCAUCGGCGCCUUGCAGAGCGUUGCAGGCAUGCGCCCUCUUGCUGCCUUGGCUGAGACCAGGAUGAGGAGUUGAGGAAGUGCUGCCAAGACCCAGGGGAAGAAGCUGCCUUCCAAACUACACUGCUCACAGGAGCUGCUUCUCUCAGCCAUCAAGGCCUCUGAGCUGUUGCUGCAGGGAAAAGGACAGGGCUGCCUGGAGCCAUGUCCAACGACCCACCCCCACCGUACCCGGGGGGCCCCUCGGCACCGCUGAUAGAAGAGAAGCACGGCCCCCCCUCUGCACCAGAGGGUGUCACCCCAGUGGUGGGACAGCCCCAGGGGGUUCCUAUCCCCCCUCCUGAGUUCGGACCCCCCCCAUAUGAGCCACCCUCACAGCCGGGGUUCAUGCCCCCCCACAUGCCCACGGAUGGCUCUGGGCCCUACGUGCCACCAGCGGGAUACUACCCACCCCCAGGCCCUCACCCCCACAUGGGCUACUACCCUGCCCCAGGCCCCUACCCGUCUCCUGGUGGCCACACGGCCACGGUGCUCGUCCCUCCGGGAGCUGCCACCACCACAGUCACAGUGCUGCAGGGAGAGAUCUUCCAGGGUGCCCCCGUGCAGACAGUGUGUCCCCACUGCCAGCAAGCCAUCACCACCAAGAUCUCCUACGAGAUUGGGCUCAUGAGCUUCCUUCUUGGCUUCUUCUGCUGCUUCGUGGGGUGUGAUCUCUGCUGCUGCCUGAUCCCCUGCCUGUUCGAUGACUUCAAGGACGUGACGCACACGUGUCCCAACUGCAAGGCCUACAUCUACACGUACAAGCGCAUGUGCUAACGGCACCCGGGAGCCACUGGAGCGCCACCGGCCCGUCCCGCUGCUGUCCCUCCAUCCGUCCCCGCGUGUGCAUCGCCCCUCGCUUCCCGCCGGUGGUGUGUAUGUGUUAUCCCUGGCUCCCUCCCGCGCAGGGCUGCCAGCACUGCCCCAGCUCUGCUCCUCACUGGGAAUAGUGGGAUUGGUGACACUGGUGCACAGGGGAGGCAUGUGGGAGCUGCCCUGCAGUGCACAGGAGAGGGAGGCAUUCCUCUGCACCCCAUUGUGCUCCAGGCUGUGAGCGAGGCCCCUCUCACCUGGAGCAGCCCUGGGCAGAGCAGCAGCUGCUGGAGGUGCCCACAGUGCAGAGGGUGCCUGGCUGCAGGGAUGUGCUGGGAUGAGCUCCGGAGGGGACCCAGGCAGACCAUGGUGCCCUCAGGGGAUGCAGCACAGCCUUUGUAGCAUUUUCAGGAAGGGGCUCAGUGACAAGGAGAAGGGCAGUGCCACGCACCAGAUUUCCGUGUGGUUCUCUGCCUCCUCCAGCCCCGUGUCAAAGCCCCUUCCCGAGGGGAGGCAGAGCUGCCUCCAAGCACGGAGAGGGGCCCGGCAGCAGCACUGCACCCUUAUCAGCACCUCCGUCCUGCCCGGUGGCCACUCCAGCUGCAUGCGCCUCCUCCCAGCCCUGCCGCGGCUCUGGGGGCAGGGACUGCCCCAAGCAGCCCUGGCCCCCGGCAAACUGAGAGCCAAAACCACACCCGGCAUGUCCCGGCUCUCCGGCACGUAGAGUAGAGGAGUUUGUUACCAGGCUGCAGCUCCAGAGCCGUCCUGGGCCUGGCAGGGUCUGUAGGGUCCUCCUUGCAUGUGGUGUAGGGGUAUUUUUAGCUCACUCACCUGAGGCAGAAGGCAGGGGGAAGCAGGCAGCGACAGGAGCUGCCAGCAGCACUCACACAUCGGUGAAAGAGGACCUGGGAGCCAAGAUCAGCCUCUCAGGGCUGCUUCUCCCUCCCCUGCCCUGCAGCUCCCAGAGCAAAGUGGGGGGGUCUCUCACUACACAGGUCUGCAAACACAGCCUGACCAGCACAGGCAGCUGCUGUUUGCUCAGGGGUGGAACUGUGGCACUAGUCAGUGUUUUUAUGUAAAUAAAUAACAGACCCUGAA